GUGUUUUAGAAUAUUGAAAUAAUUAUUAAUUAUUCGAAGUAAAUGUGCAUUGUUGUUUAAAAGCAUCGUAGAUACACCGUCUCCCUCGAAAUUUACCUUCAGACUGACACGUUGUUGUCUUCUAUGAAAAUUUUUUUUAUUAAACAUUGUUUAUAUGACUUUCCAAACGUUGCGCAUGAGCAUAACACAUUUAUUACAAUAUAACUUGAUUAUAUUAUAUACUGUAUUCGCUUGAAGUUGCAACUAUCGCCUGCUGGUGAUCCCGGUGAUAACUAAGAAGAUGUUGGUUACACGAAAAGUAGACUUGUGAGCUUCUAUGUACUACAGCUGUAUUCUUUAAACAUAUCCAUGUGGUAUAUCUAAAGGUAACCGAGUUGGGGUUGUUCGCCGCGUCAAUAAUGGCGGUUUCCGGCGGCACGGCUAUCAAAGGAUAUAGAUAUGGAUAUAGACAUAGAGUCGACCGACUGCUAAACUGUGAUACAAGUCUGUGAACGCAACACGGAUAUAUCUUGAAAUAUUCGUCAAGGCAAUCGUUAUAUAUCACGUUUUUGCGAAGAGAAACGUGUUAGACAGACCUAAAGUUAGACAAUCAAAAACGUUUCUACGUUUCGUGGGAUGUGGUUCUUCCGCAUUUGUGAAUAGUCAAACAAUUUUCGAUGCGAGACGUAUGUAGUGUUUCUCAAAUGGAGUUGACUGUACAAUCGUGACUUUCGGCUUCGAACAGACUGACUGCAGUUUACACAACAUCUCAGAUUAAGUUUUUAACUGUUCCAUUUAAACGUGCGAUCCUUCCAUCAAAAUUACCAUAUCAUGGCCUCAUCAAAUAGAGGUAUUCAAAUUGGUUCGGCCUGGUAUCAAACUAAUAUUAAGCUAAGACCACAACAUCGUGGCAUACAUCUUGUUACCGAAGAAAUUUUAAAACAAAUUCCAGAACUAUAUCAGUUCUCUGUUGGUCUUUGCCAUAUACAGAUUCUUCAUACAUCAGCUAGUUUAGCAUUAAAUGAAAGCUGGGAUCCUGAUGUAAGAGAUGAUAUAGAAAUGAUGCUUAACAAAAUAAUUCCUGAAGGAUUAGACUAUAGACAUGAUUGCGAAGGUCCAGACGACAUGCCGGCUCAUGUAAAAGCAUGCUUUUUGGGAUCUUCAUUAAGCAUUGCAAUUACGAAUGGAAAGUUAGCUCUUGGUACAUGGCAAGGUAUUUGGUUUUGCGAACAUCGUGAUAAUGCAGGAAGUCGCAAAUUAAUCAUAACGUUGACCGGUUGUCUCAGGGAUUCAGCACGUACCCCUUUAAGUCCCGUCAGCCCUAUUGCUUCUACCAGCAGCUAGGACCAAUCACACCCCCAAAGGUGUGGCAAACGUCAGCUGCACAUAUCUACUUCUAGUAAUUUAAGCUAGCAGCUGCUUAAUUAAGAGUAGAAUCGAAGGAAGAGUGAGUGGAUACUAUGUAAACACAUAAGAACUGUAUAUAUAUAUAUGAAUCUUUAUAUUGAACAAAUUGCUGGGAAAUUGGAUUAAUUUUUAGAGUCAUACUUUAGAUAUUCGAUUAAAUCAUUACAACACCGUUAUACAAACAGAUAACAUUAUUUGUUAAUUUGAUUUUAUUGUUUUGUUUCUUUUUUUAAGAAUAAGGUACAAUCGAAAUGAAAUAUUGGGAUUUAUUAGCAACAAUAUCCCUUUGAGGAAGAUGUCUGGAUACACUACUUGGAACCUUAGUUCUUCCUCGCUUGUAUCAAACCCACCGAAUACUGUCGCAAAUAACGUUUGUCCCGAUAUCCAGUCAAGUCGAGUUGGCGAGUUUUCUGCAUUCGAGUCCGCAUUCGAGUCCGCAUUCGAGUCCGCAUUCGAGUCCGCAUAGAGAGGCACGCACAUAUUUCAAUGAUCAUACGUACAUGUAAUUAUUUGUGUUUAAUGUGAAAGUAAGAGUCGGUGCAUCAAAAGAGUAUCAUUGAAUUCAUUUAAUAAAAUUAAACAAGGUACAAAAGACAAAGUUGAAUGUUUAAUCUAGUAAUGAUAAAUUUGUGCAAUUGAUUGUGCAAUAGAUUGUGCAAUAAAGUGUUCCAUAAGAAAAGAAUCAUGAGAAAUAUAAGUUAUAUAUACUUUAGA